AUGGCUUCCACUGCUCCUGGGCCUCCUGUGGCUAGGAAGGUGGUGAUAUACCGGAAUGGGGACCCAUUCUUCCCAGGGCGACGGCUGGUGGUCACCCACCGCCGUUUCCCCACUUUUGAGGCAUUUCUUAAUGAAGUGACAACUGCCACACAGGCUCCUCUGGCCAUUCGUACCCUCUACACCCCCCAGCACGGCCACAUCAUCACUGAUUUGUCAGAGCUUCAGAGUGGUGGGGAGUAUGUUGCUGCUGGCUUUGAGCGUUUCCAGAGGUUGCCCUACAUGUACCUUGGAGGGGAAAAACCAGGCAGGAAAAACAUCAGGCUCCUGGCUCCUCCAACUCUGCCAAGACCAAAUUACAGGUGUCCUGGAAGGAGGAUCCCAGCCUCGGCCUCCUGCACAAUUCAGGUGUUCAGAAAUGGGGACCUGCUUAGCCCCCCUUUUAGCCUGCACCUGUCCCUUACCUCCCAUCAGGACUGGGGAUCAGUGUUGAGGCAACUGACUGAGAAGGCCAGGUUGAAGGGUGGGCCUGUGAACAGACUCUGCACACUGGAGGGGGUACCAGUGUUGGGCAGAGAAGCCCUGGUGAAUGGUGGCUACUAUGUGGCUGUAUCAGAUGAGUAUAAGGCCCUGCCUUACCUGGAGCUUCUGGUGCCAAGCCCCUCCCUGCCUGGUGGCUUCUGGCGCCCACCAAGACUUGAGCCCAGAGCUUAUAGGCAAAAGGCAGACAUCUUCAGGGCUCCAGCAGCCCAACUCUCCAGGAAGGAACCAUCCAUUUCCUUUGCCAGACCUAGCCUGGCCCGACCCCAUCUGAGAAGGCGCCCCCAACCUCGGCCUGGAGAAAAGGCUGUGUAUGGUGCACCCCACGCCAGGAGGGAACUGGCAGGUGCCCAGGAAGUAGAGGAAGAUGGGACUACCUUGACAGAGGUCCCCUUGGAUCAGAGAGCUGCAGAAAUGGUAGAAGAAGCCUGUUUCUUGGAAAAGGCUGCCUAGGGUAGGUGGUAUAGAACUAAACUUGGAUACCAUUCUGGAAAACCAAGAAGCCCAGCCCAACCUCCUUCCGUUCUCCCUUUUCCCAGCCCCCAGCCAGCAUUCCAUCAGCAGCCAUGGCA